CAGUGUAUACCCACUCAGUCAGAUAGAAAUUGAACUGCACUAGAAAUGGCAAAAUUCUCUCUCUUUGGAAUAAUUUAUCUUCUGGCAUAUAUAUUCAACGCUGAAUGUGGAGUAUUUCUUCCCAGAAAAUCUGCAAAUGAAGUCCUGCCAAGGCACAAGAGAGCUAAUAGUGCAUUUGAAGAACUUAAACAAGGUAGUCUUGAAAGAGAAUGCUAUGAGGAAAGGUGCAGCUACGAAGAGGCUCGGGAAUAUUUUGAAGACACUAAAAAAACAGAUGAGUUUUGGUUUCCAUAUCAAGAUGGAAAUCAGUGUGAGAUAAACCCUUGCUUAAAUGGAGGAGUAUGUAAAGAUGGCAUCAAUUCCUACAGCUGCUGGUGCCUCCCAGACUUUGCUGGAAAGCAUUGUGAAAUAGAGAUUGCAAAAAUUUGUGAAGUGAAUAACGGAGGAUGUAAUCACUUUUGUACUGUGGGGGAAUCUAGGAGAGAAUGUUCAUGUGCACAUGGAUAUAAACUUCAGGAUGAUGGAACAACAUGUCAGCCUGAAGUGAAGUAUGCUUGCGGAAGAGCAGUGUCUGUUGAAAGUGUGUCAUCACCAACAAACUCACGAAGCAUAUCUAAUUCCCCGGAAAUAGGCAACCAAACUGAAAACUCCACACAGGCACUUGUGAAUGAGGACAAUGUCUAUGAAAAUUCCACACGUGACAUAAUAAAUGCAGAGAACCUGAAUAUGACAUUUACAGAUGGAACUCCUUCAAAUUCUACAGAAAAUGAAUCAAUCGACAAAGAAAAGAACCGCAUUGUUGGAGGAACUAAUGUUAAAAAAGGUGCCGUUCCCUGGCAGGUUCUGUUGGUUAACACAAAUGAUGUUGGAUUUUGUGGAGGGACUAUCAUCAAUGAGAAAUGGGUGGUCACUGCAGCACAUUGCUUCUAUCCUCCUACUGACUUCAGAGUUGUUUCAGGUGAACAUAAUAUCGAUGUACGUGAGGGAACAGAAAAGUAUCACCGGGUAGCUAGAAAAAUUGAAUAUCGGCGAUACAACUACAGUCAGAAUAGGUAUAACCAUGACAUUGGCCUCAUUGAGCUCUUGGAUCCAAUCGAGUUUAAUGACUAUGCAAUCCCAGUCUGCCUUGCUGAUGGAAAGUAUACAGAAGAUGUCCUCAUGAAAACCUCGGAAGCGGUAGUAAGUGGCUGGGGCAGAUUGGUGCAUAUGGGGGCAUCAGCAAAAGUACUUCAGUAUAUAACAGUUCCUUUUGUUGACACUGCAAUGUGCAAGGCAUCCAACAUGGUACGUGUGACGAAGGCAAUGUUUUGCGCUGGCUAUGAAUCAGGGACAAAGGACUCAUGCCAAGGAGAUAGCGGAGGACCUCUUGCUGCACGUUUUGGUAACACAUGGUUUCUGACGGGAAUAGUGAGCUGGGGCGAGGGCUGUGCAUUUGUAGGGAAGUAUGGCAUGUAUACAAAAGUUGCAAGAUAUUCAGACUGGAUAAAAUCAGAAGCGAAACUUCCAUAACUGCAAUAGUGCACAAAAGUGGCACAGCCAUGUUGAGUACAAUAGUAAUUUGUUGUACUUUAUUCUAAAAAUGAUAACGAAACCAUAAAUAUGAGAUUUCUUCACUAAACAUGUUUAUCAUACUAACCACUUUUACAUGGACAUAGAUAACAAAUAGAAAAAAAGCAAUGGUUACAAUACUAAUGAUAAGAAUUGCAGUUUAUAUUUAUUCUUAUUUUCAGUAUAUUUCAAGUAUAUGAAGUUCAAGUGAACAACUUUUGUAGCUAAAGACAAAUACAUUCUAUGUAAAGCUUUUAUUCAUCUUUCAGCAGUUCAGGCUAUUUUAAAACCUAAUUCUAAGUGACCACCAUAGAAUAAGGUAGGAUAUUGCUUAAAUCAUAAGGAAAAAUUCACUACCACAAAAAGUGAAAGCAGACAUUUGUGAAAAAAAUGGUGGACAGCAGGUUAUAAAUUCAUACUUAAGUACUUCCUCAAAAUAAUCUACUUCUAUCAAAAUAAAACAUAUGUUAUAGUCA